AUGGGCACCAUUAAUGCAUAUUCAUAUUUAGCAGAAGAAGCUGGGGGAUCUCAAAAUGUUGGAUUUACAAAGACGGAUUGCUAUAAUUUUGUAAGUAGAGACAUAAUGACCAUGUUGAAAGCAGGAGAUGCUCAAAGCUUGAUCAAUAUGUUCAAGACAAAGCAAAUUGAAGAUCCCAUGUUCUUCUACACUGUGCAAGUGGAUCAAGAUAAUCGAAUGACAAACUUCUUCUGGAGAGACGGAAAGUCGAAAACCGAUUUUGAUUGCUUUGGUGACGUAGUAGUGUUUGAUACCACCUACAGAACCAAUAAAUAUAACAUGAUUUGUGCUCCUUUUGUUGGGGUUAACCAGCACUGGAAAAAUGUGUUGUUCGGUUGUGCAUUUUUGCUAGAUGAAACAACUGCUUCGUUUAUUUGGUUAUUUGAGACAUUCUUAGAAGCAAUGGAAGGCAAAAAACCGAAGACUAUUUUCACUGAUCGAUGUCAGGCAAUGGCAAAUGCAAUUGAAAAGGUUUUCCCGGAGUCACGCCAUCGGUUAUGUUUGUGGCACAUAUCAAAGAAUGCGACACAGAAUAUUAGUUGGCUUUUGCAAAAGUCUGAUUUUAGUGAGCUUUUCCGAGAGUUUCUUUUCGGACGUGUGACAGAAGAUGAAUUCGAGUCUACUUGGAAUGAAAUUAUUACGAAGUUUACACCUUCAGGAAACACAUGGCUGGAGACACUUUAUGAACUCCGUGAAAAAUAG